AGCUGAGCCAAAUGAUCUGGCUCACUAAAGAAGAGCCUGAACUCCCAUCACUAGCAUGGAGCAGCAGCGUCCCCUCAGAUCCUCCUCCGUCUUCCACAGCCACUCACUCUCUCACUCACUCACUGCUGCUGGGACCGACUCAUUCUAGUCUGGCGACAAACAGGCGAUGGAGGGGGGGUUGUUUUGAUUAAAGUUGACGGGAUUUUUUUCCUCUCCACGUUUUUUUAUUCCUCGCAUUUGUUGCGUUGAAACCCAGGGAUGUUACAUGUGUUUUCUGAGUCUUCAACAACAACUUUUUUCUUCAACUUUUCCCCCUGAAGGAGAAACACAACUUUAGUAGGAAUGACCGAACUUAAAGCUGCAACUUUUUUUCCUGACCUAUGCUAAGCUAACCGGCUAGUUGAAAAAUCUUCUUAAAAGCCCCAUAAACAACACCGCGGACCUCGGUGACUAGAUUACGAUUUACGGGCGUCUUUCGAGGAGAAACUUCCUCACUUUAUCCGGUUAUCUGGAGUGGUCAGAGCAGGUGCACCUCUCUCUCUCUUGCGGCACUGCUAGCUCCAUCUGUAGAGAGAGCUAACUUUAGCUUGUUGGCAUUAGCAUAAAGCAGCAGAAGACUACGUUGUCAUGGUAGCAGAGAGUAUUUGAGAUGUAAAGACAUGAGUUGUUAGUGUUAUAUUGCUAUUUAACCCGUCAACACUAACUUUAAAUAGCAAGUUGUUGACCCUCGGUACACUUUUUUACCGGAGUGGCGACGUGCGUAAAGUUACCGGGUUGUGGACGCUCUCUGAGGACACACAGGGGACUUUGGACACGUUUUGUGGGCUGUUGCUGCAAGGAAAUGUCCCCUCUUGUCUCCCCAGCUUGUCUCAUAGAUGUGACAGCAUGAGGAUUUCAAAUAUCUUGUUUUAAAGUUUACAUUUUUGUUUUUAAAAAGCUCUGCGCACCCUCUAUGGUGCCGCUACGGCCACCGAGAAAUGGAUGCAUCGCAGGCCGCUUUCCCAAACGGUGAAGGGCGGCCGGGCGGAGGAGGAGGUGAUGGUGGAGGUGGUGGAGGGACAACCGGGGAUCAUGCCUGGACAGAUCCCCCCACAGCCCGGUCGUGGGCUCACUCCGCCCCGCUGUGCUCGACUCGCUCCCUGUGGACAGCCGCGUAUGACUACGAGGCGAGCGGCGAGGACGAGCUCAGUCUCCGGCAAGGCGACGUGGUGGAGGUGCUCUCCAAAGACGCAGCGAUCUCCGGAGACGAGGGCUGGUGGACGGGUAAAAUCAACCACCGGGUCGGGAUUUUCCCAUCCAACUAUGUCACCUACCAGCCAGCUAUCUACCGUCUCCCUGCCACAAGUGGGUCUGUCGGGGCUAGAGAGCCCAGCUCGCCCAUCCAGAUCCCCUUCAGUGAACUGUCACUAGAGGAGAUCAUCGGCGUGGGGGGAUUUGGCAAAGUGUACCGUGGCACAUGGAAAGAUGAGGAGUUUGCAGUGAAGGCAGCCAGGCAAGACCCAGACGAGGACAUCACAGCCACCGCAAACAGUGUUAAACAAGAAGCGAAGCUCUUCUCCAUGCUGCAGCACCCCAACAUUAUUAAACUGGAGGGAGUGUGUUUGGAGGAGCCCAACCUGUGCCUGGUGAUGGAGUUCGCCCGAGGCGGGACGCUGAACCGGGCCUUGACCGGAAGGCGCAUCCCUCCACACAUCCUGGUCAACUGGGCCGUGCAGAUUGCACGCGGGAUGCUCUACCUACACGAGGAGGCCGUGGUACCCAUCAUCCAUCGGGACCUGAAGUCCAGCAACAUUUUAUUACUCGAAACGAUUGAGAAUGACGACAUCGGGAGGAAGACCUUGAAGAUCACAGAUUUCGGCCUGGCCAGGGAGUGGCACAGAACCACAAAAAUGUCAGCCGCAGGCACCUACUCCUGGAUGGCCCCCGAGGUCAUCAAGUCAUCCCUCUUCUCCAAAGGCAGUGACGUCUGGAGCUACGGUGUCUUGCUGUGGGAGCUGUUAACAGGGGAGGUGCCAUAUCGUGGGAUAGACGGCCUGGCUGUUGCUUACGGCGUGGCGGUCAAUAAAUUAACUCUACCGAUCCCCUCCACUUGCCCUGAACCCUUCGCCAAGCUCAUGGAAGAGUGCUGGGACCAGGACCCCCACGUGCGUCCCUCCUUCUCCUGCAUCCUGGAGCAGCUGUCGGCCAUCGAGGAGGCAGUGAUGGCCACCAUGCCCCAGGACUCCUUCCACAGCAUGCAGGACGACUGGCGGGUGGAGAUCCAGGAGAUGUUUGAUGAGCUCAGGACCAAAGAGAAGGAGCUGCGUUCCAGAGAAGAGGAGCUUACACGGGCCGCCCUCCAGCAGAAGUCUCAGGAGGAGCUGCUGAAGCGGCGGGAGCAGCAGCUGGCAGAGCGGGAGAUCAACGUGCUGGAGAGAGAGCUCAACAUCCUCAUCCUCCAGCUCAACAAAGACAAGCCCAACGUAAAGAAGAGGAAAGGCAAAUUCAAACGUUCUCGCCUCAAACUGAAGGAUGGAAACCGCAUCAGCCUGCCCUCAGACUUCCAGCAUAAGAUCACCGUGCAGGCGUCGCCUUCCAUGGAUAAGAGACGAAGCCUUCAUUGCACCAGCUCCUCUCCUCCCAGCAGUCCCACACUCAUCCCCCGGCUACGAGCCAUUCAGCUGACAUCCCACAUGCGGAGGGACAGUUUGUAUGUUUACCAACAGGAUGUUGAUCUGACCAGCGAGCUCACAAACUCCUAUGGGCUCAGGAGGAAAGUCACUCAAGAUGAGAGUAACCGUACAUGGGGCCGCAGCACCCUCUUCAGGCCAGAGGAGUUCGAUGAUGUGAAAAAGGGAAUCAAGAAGAAAGGAAGAACCUGGGGCCCCAGUUCAGUACAGAGCAAAGAAAGGCCUGCUGCUGCUGAGAGAGUGCGUCCUCUGUCAGAUGGCAGUAACCCCUGGUCCACCAGCCUGGUCAAGUCCCAGAAGUCUGUCCCCCUCUCUGCCCUGUUUGCUGAACAAGCAGGGGCCGGUAAAGACGAGGCAUUCUCCCAGGAAAGUCCUGACAGCAGCUCUAAGCCAAAGCAGCUCAAGUUCCCCAACCAGGUGUACAUCGAUCUACCUCUGUGGAGGGAUGAGCAGCAGAGCCCCGGGGGGCAUUGUGGGUCCGGAGAUGCCGGGGUCAGUGCAGCAGGUCAGGGUGGCUCACCAGAGACCCAAGACGACCCCUACACCACCACAUCCACCUCGUCCACCUCCACCACCCCACAGCUCACCCCCACCAACAGCCUGAAGCGGACGUCAGCUCGCCGCAAGACGGACUCGGUGCUGUACGGCUGCGGCUCAUUACUGGCUUCAGUCGUGCUCGGUUAUGACAUUAGGGAGGCUCUCAAAAACUCAGCACCUGGGGAAGAUUGCGAGCCCCAGCGUGAGGAGAAAGAGAAGAAGAAGAAGGAGGGCCUGUUUCAACGUGCGACCCGGUUCCGUCGCAGCACCUCGCCACCAAACGGUCGCCCCCGCAAAGACGAGGCAUCGUCAAACCACACCGCCGCCCAACCUGUCAAUCUCAUCUCCAUGUCAGCCAUUAUGGAAUGCAACUCCACCAAGUGUCUCGUACAGUCUGCUGAGCCAGAGGUGUCACAGUGUGGCCACAGCCCGGGGAAGGUGGAGAUCGUGACUGCCAAUCAUCACACAGAGUCACCCAGACCCGGCCCAGCAGCUUCUACAGAAGGCCAGAGUAACAGGACUGCAGCUAACACACAGACACCAGUGCAAACCCAAAGCCAGCCAGCAGAGCAGAGCAACCACAACACAGGAACACGUCUACGCAGAAAGAAAUACACCUCCAACCACAACACCAAUGGCCCACCCACUCUACCUCCUCCAGCCACACAGAAGAAGCAGGAGAAAGAGAAGGAUGUGUCAAAGAAGCCCUCUGGUGAGGAGGCCGUGUCCAGACCGCGGCCAGUGUCGUUCCGGGCCAAACCCCACGCCUGGGCCCUGCUGCGAGGACGCAACAAGAGCUACUCCCUGGGCCACUACUCCGGAGAGAAGGCAGCACAGAACCUAAGCGUAGUGCUGUCCUCAGAUGUGGGGAUGGGCUGCUCCCUGCUGGACAUGGACACAGAGGGCCAGAAACGAGACUGCACUGUGCCGCUCUGCCGCAUUCAGAGUUCCCCAGGACGGCCCUCCGUCUUCGAGCUGGAGAAAGAGUUCCUCUCUUAGGAGCCUUGAAAAGUGAUCUGCUGUGGUCAUAGUUCAUCCCAUACAAUCUAGAGUGUUUCAGAACAAUCAGACAGAAUUUUUGGGCCUAAAACUCCUGGAGGGUUUAGAACCAGGCUGCCUUUUUUUUCCCAUUU